CCUCAGUUUCCCUGCCCGUGAACGGGCGCGGUGCCCUGGGGGAGGUUCCCCCCCCCCCCCCCGCCCCUCCGUGGGCCGGACCGGGACCAGCUGAGCCCCGACGGCUCCGGGGCAGCCUCAGCUGAAGCCACUCCAGGACCUGCUGCUGCUCUGCCACCGGGAGCCACCCCGGAGCCACCCGGCCAUGGAAGCCACCACCUCGCUGCUGGACGCCGCAGCGGUCGGGGACCUGGUGCUGCUGGACCCGCUGACGGAGGAGUCGCUGCUCCAGACGCUGCAGGAACGCUUCCGCCGCAGCAACAUCUACACGUACAUCGGGAACGUGGUGAUUUCGGUGAAUCCCUACCGCUCGCUGCCCAUCUACACCCCCGAGACGGUGCAGGAGUACCGCAACUGCAACUUCUUCGCCGUGAAGCCCCACAUCUACGCCAUCGCUGACGAUGCCUACCGCUCGCUGCGGGACCGGGACAGGGACCAGUGCAUCCUCAUCACUGGGGAGAGCGGGGCCGGCAAGACGGAGGCCAGCAAACUGGUGAUGUCCUACGUGGCGGCGGUCUGCAGCAAAGGGGAGGAGGUGGACAAGGUGAAAGAGCAGCUCCUGCAGUCCAACCCCGUGCUGGAGGCCUUUGGAAACGCCAAGACCAUCCGCAACGACAACUCCUCCCGAUUCGGCAAGUACAUGGACGUGGAGUUCGACUUCAAGGGGGAGCCUCUGGGAGGGGUCAUCAGCAACUACCUGCUGGAGAAAUCCCCUGCCUGUGUUGGUCCCCAGGAUGCCAUGAAGGUCAUCGGCUUCUCGCCCGCUGAGGUGACGGCGCUGCUGGAGGUGACGGCCGUGGUGCUCAAGUUGGGCAACGUGCAGCUGAGCAGCAGCUACCAGGCCGGUGGGAUGGAGGCCAGCAGCAUCGCUGAGCCUCAGGAGCUGCAGGAGAUCUGUGAGCUGAUCGGGCUGGACCCUUCCGUCCUGGAGCGGGCUCUGUGCUCCCGCACGGUGAAGGCGAGGAACGAGAUGGUGCUGACCAGCCUCAGCGUCCCCCAGGGCUACUAUGGCCGGGAUGCUCUGGCCAAGAACAUCUACAGCCGCCUCUUCGACUGGUUGGUGAACCGCAUCAACACCAGCAUCCAGGUGAAGCCGGGCAAGCAGAGGAAGGUGAUGGGUGUGCUGGACAUCUACGGCUUUGAGAUCUUCCAGGACAACGGCUUUGAGCAGUUCAUCAUCAACUACUGCAACGAGAAGUUGCAGCAGAUCUUCAUCCUGAUGACCCUGAAGGAGGAGCAGGAGGAAUAUGUCCGAGAGGGCAUCAAGUGGACCCCGAUAGAGUUUUUCGACAACAGCAUCAUCUGCAACUUGAUCGAGAACAGCAAGUGCGGGAUCCUGGCCAUGCUGGACGAGGAGUGCCUGCGGCCCGGCGUGGUCAAUGAGGACACCUUCCUCACCAAACUCAACCAGCUCUUCGCCACCCACAAGCACUACGAGAGCAAGGAGACCCAGAACGCCCGGCGUGUGAUGGACACCACCCUCCCAUCCCACUGCUUCCGCAUCCACCACUACGCUGGCAAGGUGACCUACAACGUGACGGGCUUCAUCGAGAAGAACAACGACCUGCUCUUCCGCGACCUCUCGCAGGCCAUGUGGGCCUCCCGCCACGAACUCCUGCGCUCCCUCUUCCCCGAGGGAGACCCCCAGAAGGUGUCCCUCAAGCUGCCCCCCACCGCCGGCUUCCAGUUCAAGGCCUCGGUGGCCACGCUGAUGAAGAACCUCUACUCCAAGAACCCCAACUACAUCAGGUGUAUCAAGCCCAACGAGACCAAGACGGGGAUGCUCUUCACACCGGAGCUGGUGCUGGCGCAGAUUCGGUACCUGGGGCUGAUGGAGAACGUGCGGGUGCGUCGGGCGGGCUACGCCUUCCGCCAGCUCUACGACUCCUUCCUGGAGCGCUACAAGAUGCUCAGCCCCAGGACCUGGCCCCGCUGGACUGGUAGCCACAGGGAGGGGACCAAGUUGUUGCUGGAAGACCUGGCGUUCCCCACCGAGGAGCUGGCGUUUGGCCACACCAAGAUCUUCAUCCGCUCCCCACGCACCCUCUUCGACCUGGAGAGGCGGCGGCAGGAGCGUGUGGCCGAACUGGCCACCCUCAUCCAGAAGACAUUUCGGGGCUGGCGGUGCCGGACCCAGUACCAGCUGAUGCGCAAGAGCCAGAUCAUCAUCUCCGCCUGGUUCCGGGGACACAUGCAAAAGAACAGGUACAAGCAGAUGAAGCGCUCGGCGCUGAUCAUCCAGGCGUACGCUCGGGGCUGGAAGGUCCGCAGGGCCUACAGGAGAUAUUUCCGCUCCGGGGCCAGCACCCGCUUGGCCAACUUCAUCUACCGGCGGCUGGUGCAGAAGUUCCUGGUGGGGCUGGCGAGGAACCUCCCGCCGCUCUCAGUGAUGGACCGGACCUGGCCCCCCGCGCCCUACAAAUUCCUGGCUGAUGCCAACCAGGAGCUGAGGAGCAUCUUCUACCGCUGGAAGUGCAAAAAGUACCGGGAGCAGCUGACGCCGCAGCGCAGGGCUCUGCUGCAGACCAAGCUCCACGCCAGCGAGCUCUUCAAGGACAAGAAGGCUCUUUACUCCAAAAGCCUGCAGCAGCCCUUCCAGGGCGAGUACCUGGGGCUGAAACAGAACCCCAAGUACCAGAAGCUCAACGCCGUGGCCAAGGACAAGCUGGUGAUGGCCGACACCGUGAAGAAGGUGAACAAAGCCAACGGCAAGAGCCCCUUGCGCUGCAAAUUUCUGGAUGCCCAGCACCCCCUGCUCACGCAGCUGCUGAAUGCGUGA